CAUCAUGGCGGCGAGAGUUGAUGAUGUGCGAGUGCAAGAGAGCUUAAAAAUCAAGAUAGCCGAGGCGAAAGACCUUCAGUUCCGCGGGGGAUCGGCUAAUGGCAGAGAGACUUACUGUACGGUGGGGCUCGACCAGGAGGAGAUAUUUAGAACUGCUCCCGCUGAGCGGUCCAUCAA